AGAAGCAGCAUCAGCAAUGCAAAUCAAUGAAUGGAAGAAACUGCUUAUUGUCUAUCAAAUCAAUGGGACGGUUAAUACUUAUACUUAUAGAGGCACCAUAUGCUCCAAAGAUCCCUUUGGGAUUUUGUCCUAACGAUGAGAGUGUUUGCUGUGACUCCAACCAGGACUUGGAAAUGAAGAAAGUGUUUCAAUCUAUGAACAUUUCUGACCCUGCUUGCGGCUCUCUUGUUAAGUCUAUAUUUUGUGCGAAAUGCAAUCAGUUCUCUGCGGAUUUAUUUAGAAAUGAUUCUGGGACUCGAAUGGUUCCAGUUCUCUGUACAUUUUCAGAAACAUCAACUUUGUCCAAGACUUCUUCGUUCUGUUCAAGGGUCUGGAAUGCAUGCAAAGCUGAACCUAUUUUAAACUCCCCAUUUGUGUCCUCACUACAAGGUAGAACUGAAGUUAUGGUUCGUUCUACACCUUCUAAAUUAACAGAUAUAUGUCAGUCAAAGAGUGAUUUCUGUAGAAUAUUUGGUGGAUCUUCGGAAGAUAGAUUAGUAUGUUUCAAUGGGUCAUCUGCUUCGCUACACAAUACUGUAAAUUCCCGGCCACCAAGCGGCAUUUGCCUUGAGCAAGUUACUAAUGGACGUUACUUUCAUAUGGAUGCCCAUCCUGAUGGAUCCAACCGUGUUUUCUUGGCGAGCCAACAAGGUAAGAUAUGGCUGGCAACUGUUCCUAAAGAGGGAAAUGGAGAAGAAAUUGUAAUAGAUGAAUCAAAUCUAUUUGUAGACUUAACUGACAUUGUACAUGUGAAUAUUGUGCAUGGAUUGAUGAGUAUCGCAUUCCAUCCAAGAUUUGUACGCAAUGGUCGCUUCUUUGCUUCUUAUAUUUGUGAUGGGGAAAAUGGUCUGGAUGUUAUGGAAGGUGUGCAUGAAAUAAGGGGCAAUCCAUCCGAAGUGAUAAGGAUAUUCACGAUGGGCAUUGCAUUCAAGAAUGCUAUAGCAAGCCAAAUUCUCUUUGGUCCGGAUGGGUAUUUAUACUUACUGACGGGAGAUGGCGAAACUGAACUCAGUACUUACAAUCUUGCUCAGAACAAGAAAUCCGUGCUCGGUAAAGUCUUGAGGUUUGAUGUUGAUAAAUUUUCAAGUGCAGCAGAACUAAGCAAACACAGUGCAUGGGGAAACUACUCUAUCCCAGGAGAUAAUCCGUAUAUUCAUGAAAAGGAAUCGCUUCCUGAAAUUUGGGCCUUAGGGUUUCGGCACCCUUGGCGUUGUAGUUUUGAUUCAGAGAGGUCGUCCUACUUUCUUUGUGGAGACUCUGGGAAGGAUCAAUAUGAAGAAGUGGAUAUAGUCAUGAAAGGUGGGAACUAUGGGUGGCCUUAUUUUGAGGGAGAUUUUCCUUUUCACUCUCUAAAUUCUUCCGGAGGAAACACCAAUAUGAACUCCACGAACUUCAUCUCUCGUGUAAUGGGAUAUGAUCACUCCGAUGCUAAUACAAACGAAGGAUCUUCUUCAAUUGUAGGUGGUUUUUUUUAUAGGUCCGAAACUGAUUCGUGCUUAUAUGGAAAGUACAUUUUUCUAGAUCUAUACAGGUGUGCCAUAUGGGCAGGAACAGAAAAUCCAGAAAAUAGUGGGAACUUUACCAGUGUUAAGGUUCCAUUUAGUUGUGCCCAUAACUCUCCAUUGCAGUGUAAGUUUGAGAAAACACAUCCUCACCUUAAUUUAAAUUAUGUUUUCUCAAUGGGAAGUGAUAACAGGAAAGAUAUUUUUCUGUUAACAAGCAAAGGUGUGCUUAGAAUUGCUCAUCCUAGUCGUUGUAACUACAAAAGCUCAAAAGAAAAAUUUACAACUUCUCAGAUUCCACGACAUUCCCCUUUGUCUGGAAGUGGCACAGGAGAUCAAUAUGAAGAUGUGGAUAUAGUCAUGAAAGGUGGAAACUAUGGAUGUCCAUAUUAUUUUCCUUUCCAUUCUCUAAAUUCUUCCAAAGGAAACAACGGUAUGAAUCCAACGAACUCCAUCUCUCAUGUAACGGGAUAUGAUCACUCAAAUGCCAAUACGAAAGAAGGAUCUUCAUCAAUUGCAGGUGGUUUCUUUUAUAGGUCCAAAACUGAUCCAUGCUUAUAUGGCAAGUACGUGUUUAUAGAUCUGUACGGGUUUGCUAUAUGGGCAGGAACAAAAAAUCUAGAAAACAGUGGGAAUUUUAGAAGUGCCAAGGUUCCAUUUAGUUGUGUGGAUAACUCUGUGUUGCAGUUAUUGAUGAAAUAUGUCGUAGUCUCAAUUGAGAAACUGCAUGUUCAUGUAUGCUCUGAGAGGCAAUACACUCAGUCAGAGUCUCUAAGAAAUGCUGGAAAGCUGAUACACGGUAUAUCUCUGGAUCAUCUGAAAGUUGCCCGUGAUAGGUUUCCAAAGAGGGAAGCUGAAGAUGAAAAGCUUGCAGCUUAUCAAAAACGACACCGACUUCAACAGACAAAGCUAGCAGCUGAGGAUGAAAUUCGAUCUUGUGAUGACAGUGUAGCUUUAGAUUCAUAUGCGGACGAAGUCGAGUCUGUAUGGGAACCUGUCGAACGCAAGGUUAAGUCAUAUCCACCUGGUACGAGGAAUGAAAGAUUGGUUAGGGAUGAUUUACGAGCCGAAUGUGAAGAUGACAACUAUUUGGAUGAAAUGUACGACGAUCCUGAUGAUCACUUGGAGGAAAUUUAUGAUGAGAAUUCUAGAGAUGACUCCGAAGAAGAAUCCGAAUGGAGCUCUACGGAAGAUGAUGAUCGUGAAGACAACAGUAACUCUGAUGAACCUGAUGAUUAG